AUGAGGAGGUCCACGGCUCUCAAGGCGGCGGCAGCGCUGCUGGUGCUGCUCUCGCUGGCGGCGGCGUACCUGUCGAUCAUGUCGUACCGGGAGAGGAGGGAGGAGGAGAGGAUCCACCGGGUGUUCAUGGAGUGGAAGGCCCACUGCAACAAGACCUACAACUCCACCUGCGAGGAGGAGCACCGGUACGCGGUGUUCAAGGAAAACUUCCGCCGCCGCGGCCCCGUCCUCAACAUUUUCGGAGACUGGACCGACGAGGAGCUUAACGCAUGGCAACCCGGAGAAGUACCCUCUGAAGACGACAGAUUAGCUGAGCAGCGGCAGCAGGUAGUGCUUCCGCUGGUGGAAGAAGGGAGGGAUGGCCGAGGUGGAGCGGUUUCCAGGUAA